AUGCAGGCUCAAGCAACUUCAGAAGAACAAGGAACUAUGGAAAAUGAAGUUGUGAUGAAGGAAGCAGCUGCCAAUAAUGACCAUCCCAACUCUGGGAGGAGGCGCUUUGCACCACCAGAAGACGAAGCUACUUGGCAGGCCAAAUGCCAACAGAUAAUGAAAGGUGCUUUUGGCGGAACAAUUGAAGGUGGCUUGCAAAUGCAACAAGCAAAUGCUGGUUGCAAACUACUGCCACUUGCAGCAAGAGGAGCAAAUGCGGAUGUUGGUCCUGUUGAAGCUGCGAACAUGGCUAUUCUAUUGGGUAAUCCCAGAUCGUUAAACAAACCCUGGUGGGAGUAUCAGCAUGGGAUUGCUGGUCGGAAAACUGCACGUUCUUUCACGGCAAGAGAACAAAGCUCUUCUUGUCAAAUGAAGCAACCAGCUCUCCAGGGGAGGGGAAAUCGGUAUAGAGCUUGUUUGGGGGUAUCGUACCAUAGAGUAUCAAAUAAUGGUACAGUACUAGUAGUACUUCAUAGUACACCCAGCAGAUUUGGCGGGAAUAUGUAG